AUGCAGAUCGGGACGCCUUGUAUCAAGUUAGGGAGGGAAAAGUUUCAGAGUAUUUUCGACAAAAAAACCUCGGCCAUUGAUCCCGUCAAGCUGAGCCGGACGCAUUGUCUCCUCGAGACAGCGCUGGACCCCGAGACGCAGUGUCAUGCGGUGUUUAUCUCCGACCACAGCACGAAUGGCAUCAAGAUCGAUAAUGUGCAAGUGAAAAAGGGCGUCAAGUACAAGCUCCAGGAUGGACAGGAGAUUACGCUCUUGUCUCGUCAAGGCAAUGUGCUGCUUGGGUACGUCGUGGAAGAUCCACACGUGAAAGGCGCUCAAGAACGCAGCACUGCGAGAAGUAGUGGCGACGAUGUACAGGCGGACAAAUCACAGGAACGGCCUCAUUUCCAAGAGUAUACACUGGGCGUGCUCUUCUCAGCACCACUCGUGGGCAAAGACAUUCAGGGCAAGUAUCAUCCAAUCGCUGAGCUCGAUGUGAAGCGCGAGUACUCUAUUCUCCAAAAGAGUCUAAUUGAAGCCUCCAAAUUUGCAAAAAGAACGGCUACAGACGCUCAUGUCAAUACAUUGGGUAGUACUGACACUGGAAUGACAUCGUCCAGGACGUACGAGUGCUCGCGUCAGAUCGACGUGGUCGCUAAGUUUGCCAACACGGAUACAUUUCGAGCCAUGAUCACGCUCGGAUGUCGAGCACUUCAUUUCUCAGGCCAUGGAGACGAGAACCAUCUGUACUUUGAGGACGGCAUGGGCUUGGUCCAUCCAAUACCGCACAAAGGACUCCAGGAAUUGUUUCUGGCCGGAGGUGCUGGCGAUGAGUCAACACUGCGUCUGGUGUUUGUUUCUGCGUGCUCGUCUGCACCGCUGGCAGAUGCUUUUGUCUCGUGUGGCAUCCCGCACGUCAUCGGUGUUCGCUCAAACCAGCAGAUCGAAGAUUACGCUGCAAUUGAGUUCACGCGCGCCUUUUACCUGGCACUUGCAACUGGCAAGUCUGUGGGAGCCAGUUUUACCAUCGCGCAGCAAUCCGUUGCUAAGUCUCCGAAUAUUCGAGGACCCCUCGCUGUUGCUGAUAAGUUUGUGCUCUAUCCGGAAGAUGGCGACCACUCGGAGGUUAUAUUUCCGUUAGUUGCUGUGGAGGCUACGAGAUCAGUUCAUUUGGAGCCGGUUAAGUCCAAGCGGUACCCGACGUUGUGGUUUGGUGACAUGCCAGCGAAGUGCCAAGGAUUUUGCAGUCGUUCGAUCGAAGUGUACAAGAUCAGUCUUGCUUUGAUGAUGACGCAGUCUCGUAUUACACGGCUUGUGACGAUCUGUGGCGAAGAAGGCAUUGGAAAGACGGCAGUCGCCCACGCAGUGGCCAAUUAUGUUGGGCCGCGGAUUACAUCAGAGGGUGGUGUUUGUGUUUUCUCAGUCGCGAGGCUUGCUCAAGUCGAAAUGGAUGAGAUCGUGGGCAUGGUGCGGCGAAACAUCAAUAUUGCAAACGGCAGAUGCCGCGUGCUGAAUCGGUUAGAGACGAUGGUAUUGGACCAUAUAAAGCAACACAAAGCCCGACUCGAGUUCAGUAGUCAGCAGAUGCUGAUGAUCAUUGACGGCUGCGAUUAUCUCCUGCGCAGUGAUGCUCGCCGCGACCGCUUCCGCGCUUUUUUGUCCGAGAUACUGACGAAUAAUGGGUUAUUGAAGAUUGUACUGACCGCAAGAACGUCGAUCUGUACGGACGGUGCUGUCCGCGGCCAUGGAGAGCGCUUAUACACGCUGUCAAAGUUUGACAUGAGGAGCGCGACCAUGAUGCUGGUGAGUCUUAUGAGUCGGCCUAUUCGCGUUGAAGAGCUGAAUCACGCGCGCCUGCCUUCCACCACGGACAAGUUGGAGCUCAUAGCUUCGCACCCGGUCCUGCGAGCUACAAAAGGUAUUCCCAAGCGUAUAGCUGACCUUGCUGGCAGACUCAACGAGACAACUAUGGACAAAAUUUCUGUCGACGAGACUUUGCGAGUAUAA